ACACAGAGAGAGAGACACAGAGACAGAGAGAGAGAGAGAGGCAAGGCAAUAUCUCAACUGUUUGUUUAAUGCCGCCGCUGCUCUGUCGCAGUGUUGUUGUUCUAAUAGCGACAGGAAAGCGCAACAUUUGGCCAUAACGUACACUAAAAAAAAAAUCACAUAGUCGGAGUAAAACGCCUUCUUUUCGUCCAGUAGAUUAACAUAGAUCUACCUUUAGUAUAUAUAUAUAUAUAUGUGUGUGUAUAUAUAGAAACUAGAAGUGAGUGAAGUUUUUUUUUUAAUUAGAGAAAGGAGCACUUGUACAUUUCAUCCACCCCGGGCGGCACAGCACUGCUUGGUUUUUCUACCCCGGAAAACACAACUAUAAUAUAUAUAUAUAUAUAUGUGUGUGUGUUUUCUGCGGUGGCAACAAGGUAGUGUUUGUGUGUGAGGGUCGUAAUCGAUAUCAUUUACCUGUUUGCGAUCAGAUCAUGUUAUUAUUACUCUUUUAAGGUGCAUAUAGUCCUGGAUAUUACCUUGAUUAAAUUAUUUAAAUUGAAACCAACAUUCUAAAUUUUAAAAAAGGAUUUUUAUUUGACUGGAAUGGUUUUCUUAUUCUGAACAUUUUCUUUGCACUCUGAAGGAUUUAUGAACCUUUUAAUACCUAAUAAGGUUUUAAUUUUUUGGAAGAAAGAGGCCUUAUAGUGGUCAGAAGUGGCUCAGCCAUGGUAUCAAGAAAAAGCACCUUUGUAAUAUGUCUCAUUUUGCUUGUAUUUUCACAAGUAAUUUCUUCAUCUUAUAUCAGUACAAAAAUAACAAAAUAUCAAAAUGAAAAUAAUCUAUCAGAACAUUCUGAUAUACAAAUAGUACCAUUAACUGCAGAAUCCAAUCUCCCACCAUCUAUCACCGAGCAACCUAAUAAAAUUGGAUUCAUCCAUUCAAAGCAACCACUAGAGCUUCCAUGUAUGGCUACUGGUAAACCAGCACCUGAGUAUACAUGGUAUAAAAAUGGUAAAAAAAUUGAUCUCAAUAGUACAGAAUACAAAGGCCGAAUAACUCAACUUGUUGGAGUUGGGUCUAUACUAUUUCACAGUCCUAGUCUCGAAGAUAUUGGUGGUUACCAAUGUGCCGCUGCAUCUAAAUUAGGGAAGUCAUUAUCUAUAAUCACAAGAUUAUAUAUGGCUGAGUUAACACCUUUCCUGAAAAAAGCAACAACGCAUUUGGCACCCAUGAUGGGAGAGAGUGUAAAAUUAGUGUGUAUACCACCAAAAGGGACGCCAAAACCUACAAUAAGUUGGAGUAUAUUAGAGAGAAAAACGAAUGCAAUGAAACAAAUCAAACUUGAUAAUAGGAUUUCUAUGGAUUAUGAAGGUAAUUUAUAUUUCGCUAAUGUAAGACAGCAUGAUUACCAAGAUGGUAAUAACUAUAUGUGUUCAGCAAACAUGUUUUUCUUGAGGAUUUUUGGACAAGGAUUUGAUCAUGUUAUUAAACCAGAGGCAGUAUCACAGGGAUCAAUUAAAAAGCCAGUGGAGAUCCUUUGGGUUUCAAAGACUGACAUCAAAGUUUUAAGAACUGAUGAUCUAAAAAUGAAAUGUAUUUUCAGUGGCAAUCCUACACCUACAGUCGUGUGGAAACGCUUGAAUGGGGAAAUAGAUAUUGAAAGAACUGAAGAUGGAAUUGACAAUCUUGAACUUGUUAUAAAGAACGUUGAUUUUGAUGAUGCUGGAGAGUAUCAGUGUAUUGGAGAUAACGAAGUCACCAAUGGACAAAUUUCUAAAAAAUUUAAAGUUACUGUUGCAUCUCGACCAUAUUGGGUAACUGAUCCUGAAGAUGUAACCAAAGGAGUUGAUGAAAAUGUGACAUUUUCCUGCCAAGCACUUGGUAGACCAAAACCUGAUGUGAAAUGGUACAUCAAUGGAGAACCCAUAGAAUCUGUUCCUCCACGAGUAAAUCAGCAAUUUCAAAACGAUACUUUGAAGUAUUUUAUGCUAACAAGGAAUGAUUCAAAGGUUAUUCAAUGCAAUGCUUCAAAUGAAAAUGGUUACUUAUGGGCCGAUUUCUAUCUAAAUGUGUUAGCAAUUCCACCAUCCUUUAUGCAAGGAGUUCCUGAAUUAACUAAAGUUGCAGCAGAAUCUGUUGUAGUAUUACCAUGCAUUGCAGAAGGUAAACCAACACCAGCUAUAACUUGGUUCAGAGGUGAUCAGCUAAUUAAGAGUGAUAGACAUGAAAUGUUACCUGGUGGUGCUUUAAAAAUAACUGGGGUACAAGCUACAGAUUCAGGAGAAUAUACUUGUCGUGCUAAAAAUAAAUUUGGUGAAAUGAGUUCCACAGGCAAACUAGCUGUUCGAAAACGCACCAGUAUUGUUGAGGGCCCUGAUGACAUGGUCGUCAUGGUUGGAAAGACAGCAUUGUUUACCUGCUAUGCAAUUACAGACUCUUAUGAAAUUGACAAUUUGAAGAUAUCCUGGUAUAAAGACAGUGUACCUGUUGAUGUUAACGACCCAAAUAUUAAGCAUGAAGAAAGCAACAACCUGAUUAUUUCUAACCUUUCCAACAAAGAUUCUGGAAAUUAUACUUGUGUGGCUAGCAAUGGCUUAGAUAAUGCCACAAAAGGAGCAGAGUUAAAAGUGAAAGGACCCCCAGACCCUCCUAUAGAUGUUAAGGUUGAUUGUGAACCCGAAAGUGCCACUAUUGCUUGGAAAGAAGGAAAAGAUAAUUAUUCACCUAUUACUCAUUACAUCAUUGAGUUCAAAACUUCUUUUGAUGAUGCUUGGUAUGAGAAGGGCAAGACAGAUGACAAAGUUGAAAAGUGGGAAACAGAAUUGACAUCUUGGUCAAACUUUACCUUCCGAGUAAAGGGUGUAAAUGAAUUAGGAACCGGGGCACCUAGUGAACCUGCAGAUAAUGUGUGUUCAACUGCUGCUGAUUUCCCACCAUUCCAUCCCAGAAAUGUGAGGACCUUAAUCAACAAGAAGGACUACUUAGUUGUGGUCUGGGACCCGAUGUCACCUCUGCAGUUUAAUGGGCCUGGAUUUUAUUAUGAGGUCAAAAUUGAGAAGGAUGAUAAGGUUGAAACUUAUACUGUUGAUGGCAAUGAAGAAGCUAAGAAAGAAAUCAGAACCAAUACCACAUAUGAACCAUACACAAUUACUGUCGCUGCAAAGAAUGAUAAAGGUUAUGCAAAAAAUGAACUUGAAGAAAUCGAAGGAUAUUCUGGAGAAGAUGCUCCACUGGAAGUACCUGGCAACUUUGAAGUAGAUCCCGACCAUGAAAUGACAGCUACAUCUGCAAGAUUCCGAUGGGACCCAGUUAAUACUGAUAAAGAGAAAAUGAGAGGUGUUUUCAAAGGUUACAGAAUUCUUUUCUGGAAACCUGGUGAGAAAGAAACAACUUUAAAGAAAAUUGAUGUUUCUGAAAAUACACACAAUCGGCGUUCAACACGGAGAAGUCGACAUCGUAGAACAUCAUCUAAAGUGAAAGCCAAUGUGAUGCUCCCUGCUUAUUCAAACUUUAGCUUGUCAGUGGUAGCACGCAACACAUAUUAUGAAGGCCCCGAGAGCAAUGUCAUUGAUGUCCAGACACCUGAGGGAGCUCCUGGCAAAGUUCAUUCUUUUAUGGCCUUAGUUAGAGGAUCUGGUCACUUCCACUUAAAGUGGGAACCCCCAGAAGAAAGGAAUGGUGUGUUAAUUGGCUAUAAUAUUGGAUUCCAAAAGAUUAAUGGUUUGAAAGUAUCUCCAGUAAAAUAUGAAGAUGAACCAACUACUGAUCCAACAAUGACAGAGUAUAUACUACGUGGUUUGGAAGCCAGUACAAACUAUCGGAUACAGAUUCAAGCAAUGACCACUGCUGGUGAAGGAGAACCAUAUUAUAUUGAUGUCUGGACCACAGAUGCAGGAAUGCCAAUUGUUCCUGACUGGAACAUGAUACCAAUGGGAAAUAAUUCAUUAAAUGUAUCUUGGAAAAUUGAUUACAACAAAACCAAUCAACAUGUUGGCUUGAUGCACGUUGUCGAAUAUAGAAAACUUGGUGAAAGCAAUCUGAAAAGCACUCCUGGUCAGAUGUUGAAUCGCUGGCAGAAUAUAUCCAACUUAUCUGCCGGAAUAUGGUAUGAAUUUAGAGUUGUUGCUAAAAGUGGUGAACGCCAAGCAGCAAGUAGCUGGAAAAAAAUUACUUUGCCUAAGCCAGCUCAUCCUUCUAUUAUGUUUAAAGGCACAGCUACUCAAGAUCUAACUUCUGCUACCUGGUUUAUUGCCAUGAUGGUGGCAAUUGCUCUUCUCAUCCUCAUUCUGAUCAUUGUGUGUAUUGCCAAGAGAAACCAUGAAGCCAAAUAUGAUGUGCAAGAAGAAGAAAGACUACGAGGCCAUGACCCGUACAGUACUGAUGACCACCCCAAUGACAGUAAAAAAAAAAAAAGUGAUGAAAAUGGAAUUGGUAAACCUGGAGCCUUAGUGAAUGGAGACAAAACCAGUGGAAUAAGUGAUUCCGAUAGCUUAGGAGACUAUGGAGACGUUGAUCCUAGUAAAUUCAAUGAAGAUGGCUCCUUCAUUGGACAGUAUGGCACCCAGGACAAGAAGGAAGCAACGGAGACUGCUGCACCAUCUGCCAUGUCUACGUUUGUGUAACUCGGCAAAAAAAAUUGAGGUUGUUUUUUGGGGUUUUCUUUUUCUUUCCUCUCAGUGGCUGUGAGGAGAAAAAUGAUAAAAACACCAAUGAAACUACGGAGAUUAUAACUCUCCUUAACUACCCUUUUUGUAUGUAUUUCUGAGCUGCACUGGUUCAUCAAAUAUGGGGCUUAGCUUGAUCCCCUUGCCAGCUGCUGAAUACUAUUGCAAACAACAGUGAUAAACUAUUGUUAACAGAUGCUUCAGUGCCAUUAAAAAAAAAACAUUUAUUUAAAUUUAAAAUUUACCCAAAAAAGGUGAACAAAAUAACUUGCUUCAAACCAAAACUAGAAUUCACAUCAAUGAUUAAAAUACCCAACAGUAAUCAUCCAUAACUAAAUACUUUUAUUUAUUUAAUCAUUAACUUUCAUACUGUUUUUGUUUUGUUGGUUUUUGUUGUAUUUUGGAGGGGGUUUUUUUCCAAGUGUGCGAAAAAAUAAAAAUUGAAAAAAAAAAAUUAAUGUUGGGUGGGGAGAAAGUGUGUUUGUUACAACCUUCAACAUCUGCAGAUAUGUGUGUAUGUGUGUACUAGUUUCUCUGUGUAUGCGUGUGCAUGCAUCAGUAUGUCUGUGUGUGAGUGUGAGUAGUUGACUCAAAAGUUAUGUCUACAGCUAUACUUGUGCUGCAACUAUGGUUUUUUUUUCUACAAACUGUAUGAAAAGUGUAGUUAGUAAGAACAGCCUUAUUUGCUACUGCUGCAUGUAAA